AUGGCAAAUAUUAAACAACUAAGAGGUGUACCAACAAUGAUAGAAUCUAGAAACUGUAGAAUUAAUUGUGGAACAUUUUUAAUACCAGGUAUAAAUUGUAGAGUUAGAAUUAUUAAAACUGAUCAACUAUCAAAUAAAAGUAGAAGUUUAAUUUCAACCAAUACAAAAGAAAUUAACUCGUUAGAAUUUAGAUUAAAACCAUCACCACCACCACAACAACAACAACAACAACAAUCCCUAUCAAAAAAUUCAAACAAAUUAAACAAUUCAAUAACUAGAGUAUGUUUAAAAUGUAAUAAACUAAAUCCAUUAAAAGGUGAAACCAUAUCAAAAAGGAAACAAAGAAAAUUAAUUUUAAAAAUGACACACAAAAUGAUAAUAAAUAUAAAUAAUAUAAAUAAUAAUAAUAAUAAUAAUAAUAAUAAUAAUAAUAAUAAUAAUAAUAAUAAUAAUAAUAAUAAUAAUAAUAAUAAUAAAAAUAAAAACAAUAAAAUAAAAGUGGCACAAGCAGGAAGUAACCAAAAUUUUGAAAUAAUCGAAACAAAUAUUUUUCAAAAUUAA